AUGAACAUCUUUGAGACCAUAGUCAACAACAAGCUCUUCUUCAACGUCUCCAUAAUUCUGUUCCUCAAUAAGAUGGACCUUCUGGUGGAGAAGGUGAAAACUGUCAGCAUCAAGAAGCACUUCCCAGAUUUCAGGGGUGACCAGCACAGGCUUUGAGAGGUCCAGUGCUACCUGGUCCAGUUUGAUAGAAAGAGGCGAAACCACAGCAAGUCGCUGUUCCACCACUUCACAACCGCUAUAGACACCGAGAACAUCUGCUUCGUGUUCUGUGCUGUGAAGGACACCAUCCUGCAUGAGAACCUGAAAGAUACUAUGUUGCAGUGA